GUGUCUCUUUUUGAAAUAAUGACUUUGGCAUCAGUAUCGACGAUGCAAACAAGAACCUUUGGCUCGUCAUAGAAGUAGAAGCGAUGAAUUGCAUCUAGUUUAAAAUGAUGCGCUUUCGACCUUCAACGGUCAGGAGACGGCGAUCUAAGAGUGCAUCAAGUGCUUUGAAAGACAAGGAUAGCAACCACGUAAAGCAAGAUUCCACGCCGGUAAAGAAGAAGUCGGUUCAGUGGGCAGACAAUUUCAAUGGAGAACAGUUUUGCAAGCCUCCUUUGCGAAAAUACAACUCUGACGGUAUCCUUGAGUUCGACAAGGCGUUAGAGAAGCUUACCAGGGUAUCAAGCAUGCUAGAAACAUCGACAACACUGGAAACGGAUUUUGAUGAUAAUUUGAAGAUAAUUCAGGAAAAGCUUCUGACGGAUAUAGAUCUGAACGAGACCGAUGAAAAAACAGCGGUGAAACCUUUUGGAGAUUAAUUCGAAACAGCGUUGACCAGUGUUGCAUUCGGUGUACACGUAUAUUCUUUAGUAGAGACAGAGUCAUGCAUUUGAAUUGUUUUCCUUUAGCAACGAUUAUGACUUUUAACUACUACAGAUCUUAAAUCAAGAAUAUAUAUUUAAUUCAAAGAGAAAUUGAUGGCAAGUGCUGACCGCCAGCUUGAAAUUAAACUUAACUUAAAUUAUGAAAAAAAAAUGUAUGCAAAAUUAGCAACAGAAAAGUGAUCGUGGGGUAUUGGUGAAAUAGACAUUUUGUGAAGAGCUAAAUGCGUGGAAUCAUUUUCUUUGCUUCGACGAUUACGAUGUCUAUAUCUUAAACAAUGAGUAAAUCUUGGAAUAUCCCCAUGAUGUUAAGUUAUUCAGAGCGAGCUUGCGUACGAGAUGGUAUUACUGUCUGGCUGGUUUCCUAAUUUUUCUUCACCUUCCUGAAUGAAAGAAAAGCAAAAAACAUUAAAAUCAUUUUUGAUAAAAGCC